AUGGCAGAUUACGGACGAAGUGAUCACACCGCGAAGUGGGGGCAAAGUCGAAGUCAAGGACGGAUUGGGCUUUAUCGGUUAAAGGGCGAGGCCCAUGAAGGAUUACCUUUUUGUGGACACGAUGAGACAGAAGAAUCUGUUAACAAAGGUAACUUUCUGGAACUCUUGAAAUAUACUGAUGACCAGGACGAGGUUAGAAAGCUGCAGGAGUUUAGGGUUGAUGGGUGGAAUUCUCUGAUGAUUAAAAUCUCUUCUUUUUGUGAGAAACAUGAUAUUGAAAAGCUUAACAUGGAUGAAGAUUUUGUUGACUCAAGGAAACAAAGAAAGAAAACAGGGAUAACAAAUAUGCAUCACUACAAGAUUUACAGCUUCAAGAGUUUAACUAUCGUUUUAAUGAGGCUUUUGAAGUUGAUUUUGAUUUUGCAUGUUGCUACUGCUACUGUUGAGAGAUGUUUUUCAGCAAUGAAGAUUGUGAAGACAGAUCGGCGCAACCGGAUUGGAGAUUAA